GGCAGGCAGUGUGAAUGUCGAAAAGACGAGGUGUCCACCGAGGACCUGGACAAAAACUGCCGCAAGGACAACGGCACGGACAUCUGCAGCAAUAACGGCGAGUGUGUGUGUGGCACCUGCGAAUGCAAGGAAAGAGACAAUCCUGAAGAGCGCUACAGCGGCAAAUUCUGCGAGUGUGACAACUUCAACUGCGACCGCUCCAAUAAUAAACUCUGCGGAGGACACGGCCGCUGUGAGUGCAGGGUGUGUAUCUGUGAUGCUAACUACACGGGAAGUGCGUGCGACUGCUCCCUGGACGCCUCCACAUGCUUAGCCUCCAACAAGCAGAUCUGUAAUGGCAGAGGGAACUGUGAGUGUGGGACCUGCAGGUGCACCGACCCCAAGUUCCAGGGGCCCACC